CUCUCGACACAUGACCCAGCAACCCUUACGGCACCACUCCCUCCCCACACCACACACCAUCUUCGCCGCGAUGCAUGCCUCCAGGGUCCUGUGCGUUGCCACCGCGGUAGUGUGCCUGGUGUCGACGGCCGCUGCUUUCGUUGCGAGCGGCGGCGCACAUGCGGUCCGAACGCGAGCGGCCACGUCCGCUAGACACCAACAUGUGCAACCAGCAAUCCAGCAGCGGGGUGUUCAGGCGCUUGGCGCAUCGAAGGACGGGGCAGGGGAAGAGGGGGGGUUCGUCAACCCAUACACUGCGUUCAGGAAGUGGCAAAUGGAUCUGAUCGAAUCUAAAGCGAAGGGCGAUGAGAAGUACCCCGAGGCGUUCGCCGGGUUGAUGAAGGAGCCUGGAAUGACCACGGAGAAGGCCGAGCGCUUGGCCAAGCUGUCGGUGAGCGACCCUAUCCUGUACGCCAUCGAGCGCCGAAGGGAGGCGAACGAAAUCAACCAGACCAAGAUGGACUACAACAAGAUAUCUGGGUUCUUCCCCAUGGAGUGGAUCUUGUCCGGGGACUUCGGGUGGGGUUUCAACAAGAAGAAGAAGCGGUUGGCCGAAGAGGAGGCAGCGCGGAAUGCUGGCAAGAAAUAAAAAAUCAGUCUCUCGAUUUUGUGGGUCUGAUAACUCGAUUUUUGUUGUGUUGGGACCACAAGUUUGUCUUGUGCGACUGAAAUUUUGUCGGGAGGACAGGGCGUGUGGACACUUGUUUGUUCUCUUUGAUGCUUCGAUAUAGGGUCCGGCGCAGGUGUAGUACAACCAAGAUGGGCUCCCGGGCCGGUUGGUUUUCCGUGAUACUUUCCGUGCAUGCCCAAGCUUUGAAGCGGAGCGGCUGUGCAUGCACCCCUGCGCCGCGGCCGUCGGUUUCACGGGCCUCUCACGACGGCAUGACGGGGGGUAUGGGAAGGAGUUGUUUUGAAGUUGGGCGCAAAUGUUUUUCAGCCGUCGUUGCUACCGUUGCAGUCGUGGGGGG